UAUGAUUUUAAUCGGAAAUAAACGAAACUGACAAGACACCAAAAUAAAAGCUCACUCCUGACCGUACAAUUCCUUUCCGCCACUCGCCGGAGACCAAACCUCCCGCCACCUGUAGCGCGUGGCGUUCCCAGCCCCGCCGGAGUCACCACGUAAACGCGUAUCGUAUUACGUUAUAGUGCUAAGCUAUCACGGGAUUGUGGCUUAGAUUUUUUAUUUAUCAUCGCAAUAAUUCGAGAUGGAACUGCUGUUUCAUUGUCACUUAAUAGGUUGCCAAGGAAAAAGAGCUGCUUGCUAACAAUUUACAUAGGAGUGACUGUUGUUAACACUCAAGUUAUCAAUGGAAACAAAACGUGCUUUACCUAUUCAAAGAUCAGGCCCAAGGAAAAUUAGUAGCACUGGGGCCUCAGCAUCUCUAUCCCCUUCAUUUCCUAUUCAUCCAACUGCUCUGGAAGAGACGUAUCCAAGGUUUUCUGAACCGCAGCCGGUUUCUUUAGAGAGGGCACUCAUGCAGCACCCUCCAGCUGCUGUUUCAUCAUUCUCUUCCAACGAUGUGGCAGUUGGACAUAUAUUUUCUUCUUCAUCGGGAUUUUCUACCGAUCUCCAUUUUUCAUGCAUCCAACAGCAACAAGAAAGGCAUACUAGGCAACUCCCUUUCGUUUCUCAAUCAGCAAAUAGCGGAAAAUCAGUUUUGCUACAUUCUGUUGAUUCUCAACUUAUUCAAUCUACCGCAUCAAGUCAUUUUAACAAAGGGAAUAAUGACUCUUGGUGCACGGAUACAAUGACUGAUUUUCUUGAUAUUCCAAUGAGUACGACAAUCCAGAGUAGUCAGCUCUAUGGAAGUAACAGCAGUGUCAUCACCAUUCCUCAUGAAGAUCUAGGUAAACCCAAUGAUUGGCAAGAUUGGGCUGAUCAGCUUCUUACUGAUAAUGAUGCUUUGACUGCUGAUUGGAGUGAGCUUCUUGCUGAUGCAAGUGUUACAGAUCCAGAACCAAAGCAAUGCACUAGUAUCUCCAACCAGCAGACUCACAUACCCCAACAACUCCCCAGUACACCUGGAGAAAUUUGCACAAGUGGCGCUCAAUCAUCCUCUAAUGCUUCUUCAGGAAAGCAACGAAUGCGUUGGACCCCAGAACUUCAUGAGACCUUUGUGGAAGCAGUUAACAAGCUUGGUGGCAGUGAAAGAGCUACCCCCAAGGGUGUUCUCAAACUAAUGAAAGUUGAAGGUUUGACCAUCUAUCAUGUUAAAAGCCAUCUACAGAAGUACCGAACAGCUAGAUACAAACCAGAGACAACAGAAGAGUCUUCAGAUAGGAAAACUGCCUACGUCGAAGAUUUGUCAUCCCUGGACUUAAAAACGGGUAUUGAAAUCACUGAAGCACUGCGAUUACAGAUGGAAGUCCAAAAGCAACUCCACGAACAACUUGAGAUUCAGAGAAAUUUACAGCUUCGGAUUGAAGAACAAGGGAAAUAUCUUCAGUUGAUGUUUGAGAAGCAGUGCAAGUCAGGCACAGACUUGCUCAAGGGAGCCUCAUCGAGCAGUGAGAAUGCUCUGAAAGAGUUGAGAGACGCGGAAAAUUCCCUUGCCACAGAUAGUUCGGCAGUAGAAGCUAGUACAUCCAAAGCACCAGGACAGACUUCUCAGAUGGCAGGCGAGAAGCAAAAAGCACCCGACGGCGUGCCCAGCUCACCGCCUCCAAAGCGCACAAAAGUUGACAAGUAAGUCCCUGUGUCGUCCUAGAUUGUAGCAAUGCACCCGAGUCCGUGAGUAGGGGCAAGAGAGAGCUCAGAUGAAGAUGUGAAAUUUUCAAUUUUAUCUGUCAAUGAAAAUCAGAUCAGAGGCGUUGGUUUUUGUUUCCCAAUGUCUACUUGAUACCAAUAUUGAAGAUUUUGAGUGAACUCUUGAUAGGGAAAUAAAGCCACCUUUUGUUGAAAGUAAUGUCCAAAUGCUGGCUGGAACCAAUGAAUAAUCCGAGUUCUAUGAAUGUGUAUUCUUAUUCCUUACCAUUCUUAAA